GUUAGAUAAUUGUUUUAUAGUCAAAAUAUGAUGGAUGAAAAUGAGGAGACCAAAAUGGGAAGUAUGUUGACAGGUUUUAUGAGAGUUGGCAAACUUUCUGAGGCUGAAAAGAUAUUCAAAGAGUGGAAAGUCAAAAAAAAAAAUCAAGAAAAGCACCUCAAAUGAAUAUAAAAGCAGAAGUUCACAUAGUUCACAUAGGUUGCCAGUAAAAUGCCCACUUCCGGGAUGUAAUGACAGCAUAAUUGAUUUACCAAGACAUACACGUUCAUCUAAGCAUGGACUUUCAAAGGAAGAGGCCAAAAAGUUAAGAGGAAAGUUUGAUUUGAGAAAAGAAAGGGAUAACCUUUCAAGUCAAUCUUUCAGAACAACUAAAAAAAACAGAUGUCCUAUUUGCAAUGUUAUUACUAAAAGAAUACACGAUCAUUUAUAUAGGUCUCCUCAUUAUCUCAAAAACAAUCUGUCUAAGUACAGAGAAAUGCUUGAUAAAAAAGUUCUAUAUAGCGAAAGUACCAAUUUAAAAUUAAAAUUUCUUUCAUACUCUUAUAAAACUCAAUCAACAGAUUUAAGCAAAGGUAAUCCUCCGCUCGUAAAUAUAGAAGAGAGCCCAAGUUCUAACUACUCUUUUUCUCGUAUUCCGGACAAAGAUGGUGUACUGAUUGAACCCUCAUUUCAAGAUUACCUCGAUGUAUUUUAUUUAUAUUUAAAGAGUUUAUCUGGUGGCAAAAAAGAUAGUGUAGCUGCGCAUAAUGAAAUGAAACAAAUAAUGAGGAUGAUGCAAGUUGUUUCACCACAAGAACCCUGUUACACUAAGUUUUUUGACCUUCAAAAUUUAGCUAAAGUUUGGCAGUCACAUGUAGUUAAAAAAGGUUAUGAACCUGGUACCCAGCGAUCAUAUUUGCUUUCAUUUACUCACUUUAUAGAGUUUUUGAUUCGAUCAAAGCCAACACAACAUGUUGAUAAUGUUUUGCUUGUAAAUAUUUCUGUAUGUUCCUCUAUUGAUUCAAAUGAGGAAAAUGAUAGUGAUUAAGAAUAUCAAACAAGCAAUAAAGAUAUAUUAUUAUCUUGCACUAAAAAAAACUGGACACCAGAAGAAAUUCAAGAAAUACAAAAUUUAUUUAUGUUUGCAGACAAAAAGUCAGUUAUUUCUCAAGCAUUUAUAUGUGAAGUUACUUACUCAAAUGAAGUUUUAAAACAUUGAACACCAAAACAAAUUUAUGACAAAAUCAAGCAUAUGCAGAAAUCAAGCGUGGUAAAUUAUAAUGAUUACAACCAGAGUAUUCGGAUGAAGACAAUUUUCACCAAAGAGGAAAAUAAAACUAUUAAACAAUUGUUUUCAUCUUUAAUUUUAAGUAGAUCAAUUGUGUCAAAGGAAAAUGUUAUGGCUAUAAUUAAUAACAAUCUUGAAGCCAAAAAAAACUUUAUCAAAAUACUUGGAUGAUCAAUUAGUUGCAAAAG